GAAAAAUACAGUCUGUAGCUAACAACUGGAACUGCAGAACAGACAUGGAUGAGAAAAAUACAGUCUGUAGCUAACAACUAUAUGCAGACCAGAAAUGGAAUCCUCGACACCAGAACAUGGCUUCCUGUAACGCCUGGAACUGCAGACCAGAAUGGGUGGGGAAAGUACAUCUUGUAGCUAGCUGGAACUGCAGACCAGAAUGGAUGGGGAAAGUACAUCUUGUAGCUAGCUAUAUGCAGACCAGAAAUGGAAUCCUCGACACCAGAACAUGGCUUCCUGUAACGCCUGUAACUGCAGACCAGACAUGGAUGAGAAAAAUACAGUCUGUAGCUAACAACUGGAACUGCAGACCAGAAUGGGUGGGGAAAGUACAUCUUGUAGCUAGCUGGAACUGCAGACCAGAAUGGAUGGGGAAAGUACAUCUUGUAGCUAGCUAUAUGCAGACCAGAAAUGGAAUCCUCGACACCAGAACAUGGCUUCCUGUAACGCCUGUAACUGCAGACCAGACAUUGAUGAGAAAAAUACAGUCUGUAGCUAACAACUGGAACUGCAGACCAGAAUGGAUGGGGAAAGUACAUCUUGUAGCUAGCUGGAACUGCAGACCAGAAUGGGUGGGGAAAGUACAUCUUGUAGCUAGCUGGAACUGCAGACCAGAAUGGAUGGGGAAAGUACAUCUUGUAGCUAGCUAUAUGCAGACCAGAAAUGGAAUCCUCGACACCAGAACAUGGCUUCCUGUAACGCCUGUAACUGCAGACCAGACAUGGAUGAGAAAAAUACAGUCUGUAGCUAACAACUGGAACUGCAGACCAGAAUGGAUGGGGAAAGUACAUCUUGUAGCUAGCUAUAUGCAGACCAGAAAUGGAAUCCUCGACACCAGAACAUGGCUUCCUGUAACGCCUGUAACUGCAGACCAGACAUGGAUGAGAAAAAUACAGUCUGUAGCUAACAACUGGAACUGCAGACCAGAAUGGGUGGGGAAAGUACAUCUUGUAGCUAGCUGGAACUGCAGACCAGAAUGGAUGGGGAAAGUACAUCUUGUAGCUAGCUAUAUGCAGACCAGAAAUGGAAUCCUCGACACCAGAACAUGGCUUCCUGUAACGCCUGUAACUGCAGACCAGACAUGGAUGAGAAAAAUACAGUCUGUAGCUAACAACUGGAACUGCAGACCAGAAUGGGUGGGGAAAGUACAUCUUGUAGCUAGCUGGAACUGCAGACCAGAAUGGAUGGGGAAAGUACAUCUUGUAGCUAGCUAUAUGCAGACCAGAAAUGGAAUCCUCGACACCAGAACAUGGCUUCCUGUAACGCCUGUAACUGCAGACCAGACAUGGAUGAGAAAAAUACAGUCUGUAGCUAACAACUGGAACUGCAGACCAGAAUGGAUGGGGAAAGUACAUCUUGUAGCUAGCUAUAUGCAGACCAGAAAUGGAAUCCUCGACACCAGAACAUGGCUUCCUGUAACGCCUGUAACUGCAGACCAGACAUGGAUGAGAAAAAUACAGUCUGUAGCUAACAACUGGAACUGCAGACCAGAAUGGGUGGGGAAAGUACAUCUUGUAGCUAGCUGGAACUGCAGACCAGAAUGGAUGGGGAAAGUACAUCUUGUAGCUAGCUAUAUGCAGACCAGAAAUGGAAUCCUCGACACCAGAACAUGGCUUCCUGUAACGCCUGUAACUGCAGACCAGACAUGGAUGAGAAAAAUACAGUCUGUAGCUAACAACUGGAACUGCAGACCAGAAUGGAUGGGGAAAGUACAUCUUGUAGCUAGCUAUAUGCAGACCAGAAAUGGAAUCCUCGACACCAGAACAUGGCUUCCUGUAACGCCUGUAACUGCAGACCAGACAUGGAUGAGAAAAAUACAGUCUGUAGCUAACAACUGGAACUGCAGACCAGAAUGGAUGGGGAAAGUACAUCUUGUAGCUAGCUAUAUGCAGACCAGAAAUGGAAUCCUCGACACCAGAACAUGGCUUCCUGUAACGCCUGUAACUGCAGACCAGACAUGGAUGAGAAAAAUACAGUCUGUAGCUAACAACUGGAACUGCAGACCAGAAUGGAUGGGGAAAGUACAUCUUGUAGCUAGCUAUAUGCAGACCAGAAAUGGAAUCCUCGACACCAGAACAUGGCUUCCUGUAACGCCUGUAACUGCAGACCAGACAUGGAUGAGAAAAAUACAGUCUGUAGCUAACAACUGGAACUGCAGACCAGAAUGGGUGGGGAAAGUACAUCUUGUAGCUAGCUGGAACUGCAGACCAGAAUGGAUGGGGAAAGUACAGCUUGUAGCUAGCUAUAUGCAGACCAGAAAUGGAAUCCUCGACACCAGAACAUGGCUUCCUGUAACGCCUGUAACUGCAGACCAGACAUGGAUGAGAAAAAUACAGUCUGUAGCUAACAACUGGAACUGCAGACCAGAAUGGAUGGGGAAAGUACAGCUUGUAGCUAGCUAUAUGCAGACCAGAAAUGGAAUCCUCGACACCAGAACAUGGCUUCCUGUAACGCCUGUAACUGCAGACCAGACAUGGAUGAGAAAAAUACAGUCUGUAGCUAACAACUGGAACUGCAGACCAGAAUGGAUGGGGAAAGUACAUCUUGUAGCUAGCUAUAUGCAGACCAGAAAUGGAAUCCUCGACACCAGAACAUGGCUUCCUGUAACGCCUGUAACUGCAGACCAGACAUGGAUGAGAAAAAUACAGUCUGUAGCUAACAACUGGAACUGCAGACCAGAAUGGAUGGGGAAAGUACAUCUUGUAGCUAGCUAUAUGCAGACCAGAAAUGGAAUCCUCGACACCAGAACAUGGCUUCCUGUAACGCCUGUAACUGCAGACCAGACAUGGAUGAGAAAAAUACAGUCUGUAGCUAACAACUGGAACUGCAGACCAGAAUGGGUGGGGAAAGUACAUCUUGUAGCUAGCUGGAACUGCAGACCAGAAUGGAUGGGGAAAGUACAUCUUGUAGCUAGCUAUAUGCAGACCAGAAAUGGAAUCCUCGACACCAGAACAUGGCUUCCUGUAACGCCUGUAACUGCAGACCAGACAUGGAUGAGAAAAAUACAGUCUGUAGCUAACAACUGGAACUGCAGACCAGAAUGGAUGGGGAAAGUACAUCUUGUAGCUAGCUAUAUGCAGACCAGAAAUGGAAUCCUCGACACCAGAACAUGGCUUCCUGUAACGCCUGUAACUGCAGACCAGACAUGGAUGAGAAAAAUACAGUCUGUAGCUAACAACUGGAACUGCAGACCAGAAUGGAUGGGGAAAGUACAUCUUGUAGCUAGCUAUAUGCAGACCAGAAAUGGAAUCCUCGACACCAGAACAUGGCUUCCUGUAACGCCUGUAACUGCAGACCAGACAUGGAUGAGAAAAAUACAGUCUGUAGCUAACAACUGGAACUGCAGACCAGAAUGGAUGGGGAAAGUACAUCUUGUAGCUAGCUAUAUGCAGACCAGAAAUGGAAUCCUCGACACCAGAACAUGGCUUCCUGUAACGCCUGUAACUGCAGACCAGACAUGGAUGAGAAAAAUACAGUCUGUAGCUAACAACUGGAACUGCAGACCAGAAUGGAUGGGGAAAGUACAUCUUGUAGCUAGCUAUAUGCAGACCAGAAAUGGAAUCCUCGACACCAGAACAUGGCUUUCUGUAACGCCUGUAACUGCAGACCAGACAUGGAUGAGAAAAAUACAGUCUGUAGCUAACAACUGGAACUGCAGACCAGAAUGGAUGGGGAAAGUACAUCUUGUAGCUAGCUAUAUGCAGACCAGAAAUGGAAUCCUCGACACCAGAACAUGGCUUCCUGUAACGCCUGUAACUGCAGACCAGACAUGGAUGAGAAAAAUACAGUCUGUAGCUAACAACUGGAACUGCAGACCAGAAUGGAUGGGGAAAGUACAUCUUGUAGCUAGCUAUAUGCAGACCAGAAAUGGAAUCCUCGACACCAGAACAUGGCUUCCUGUAACGCCUGUAACUGCAGACCAGACAUGGAUGAGAAAAAUACAGUCUGUAGCUAACAACUGGAACUGCAGACCAGAAUGGAUGGGGAAAGUACAUCUUGUAGCUAGCUAUAUGCAGACCAGAAAUGGAAUCCUCGACACCAGAACAUGGCUUCCUGUAACGCCUGUAACUGCAGACCAGACAUGGAUGAGAAAAAUACAGUCUGUAGCUAACAACUGGAACUGCAGACCAGAAUGGAUGGGGAAAGUACAUCUUGUAGCUAGCUAUAUGCAGACCAGAAAUGGAAUCCUCGACACCAGAACAUGGCUUCCUGUAACGCCUGUAACUGCAGACCAGACAUGGAUGAGAAAAAUACAGUCUGUAGCUAACAACUGGAACUGCAGACCAGAAUGGAUGGGGAAAGUACAUCUUGUAGCUAGCUAUAUGCAGACCAGAAAUGGAAUCCUCGACACCAGAACAUGGCUUCCUGUAACGCCUGUAACUGCAGACCAGACAUGGAUGAGAAAAAUACAGUCUGUAGCUAACAACUGGAACUGCAGACCAGAAUGGGUGGGGAAAGUACAUCUUGUAGCUAGCUGGAACUGCAGACCAGAAUGGAUGGGGAAAGUACAUCUUGUAGCUAGCUAUAUGCAGACCAGAAAUGGAAUCCUCGACACCAGAACAUGGCUUCCUGUAACGCCUGUAACUGCAGACCAGACAUGGAUGAGAAAAAUACAGUCUGUAGCUAACAACUGGAACUGCAGACCAGAAUGGAUGGGGAAAGUACAUCUUGUAGCUAGCUAUAUGCAGACCAGAAAUGGAAUCCUCGACACCAGAACAUGGCUUCCUGUAACGCCUGUAACUGCAGACCAGACAUGGAUGAGAAAAAUACAGUCUGUAGCUAACAACUGGAACUGCAGACCAGAAUGGAUGGGGAAAGUACAUCUUGUAGCUAGCUAUAUGCAGACCAGAAAUGGAAUCCUCGACACCAGAACAUGGCUUCCUGUAACGCCUGUAACUGCAGACCAGACAUGGAUGAGAAAAAUACAGUCUGUAGCUAACAACUGGAACUGCAGACCAGAAUGGAUGGGGAAAGUACAUCUUGUAGCUAGCUGGAACUGCAGACCAGAAUGGGUGGGGAAAGUACAUCUUGUAGCUAGCUAUAUGCAGACCAGAAAUGGAAUCCUCGACACCAGAACAUGGCUUCCUGUAACGCCUGUAACUGCAGACCAGACAUGGAUGAGAAAAAUACAGUCUGUAGCUAACAACUGGAACUGCAGACCAGAAUGGAUGGGGAAAGUACAUCUUGUAGCUAGCUAUAUGCAGACCAGAAAUGGAAUCCUCGACACCAGAACAUGGCUUCCUGUAACGCCUGUAACUGCAGACCAGACAUGGAUGAGAAAAAUACAGUCUGUAGCUAACAACUGGAACUGCAGACCAGAAUGGGUGGGGAAAGUACAUCUUGUAGCUAGCUGGAACUGCAGACCAGAAUGGAUGGGGAAAGUACAUCUUGUAGCUAGCUAUAUGCAGACCAGAAAUGGAAUCCUCGACACCAGAACAUGGCUUCCUGUAACGCCUGUAACUGCAGACCAGACAUGGAUGAGAAAAAUACAGUCUGUAGCUAACAACUGGAACUGCAGACCAGAAUGGGUGGGGAAAGUACAUCUUGUAGCUAGCUGGAACUGCAGACCAGAAUGGAUGGGGAAAGUACAUCUUGUAGCUAGCUAUAUGCAGACCAGAAAUGGAAUCCUCGACACCAGAACAUGGCUUCCUGUAACGCCUGUAACUGCAGACCAGACAUGGAUGAGAAAAAUACAGUCUGUAGCUAACAACUGGAACUGCAGACCAGAAUGGGUGGGGAAAGUACAUCUUGUAGCUAGCUAUAUGCAGACCAGAAAUGGAAUCCUCGACACCAGAACAUGGCUUCCUGUAACGCCUGUAACUGCAGACCAGACAUGGAUGAGAAAAAUACAGUCUGUAGCUAACAACUGGAACUGCAGACCAGAAUGGAUGGGGAAAGUACAUCUUGUAGCUAGCUAUAUGCAGACCAGAAAUGGAAUCCUCGACACCAGAACAUGGCUUCCUGUAACGCCUGUAACUGCAGACCAGACAUGGAUGAGAAAAAUACAGUCUGUAGCCAACAACUGUAAGUGUCUGCUCGUUUUGUGCAAACGCGUUGCAAGAUUGUAUGAAGGAUGGACCUAUCCCGAACCUGAUUCCUGGAACUGCAGACCAGACAUGGAUGGGGAAAGUACAGCUUGUAGCUAGCUGGCACUGCUAGUUGUGACUCCAUUCUUCCAAAUUGUCUCGUUGACUAGCGACGCCUGGGCUUCAAGGUUGGGGGACAGCAGACCAGAAAAGGACAACAGUGUUACACUUGCAUUUUGUGAAGUUGUUGCAAGAUUGUAUUUAGGAUGACACUAUCCCGAACAUGAUUGACAACACUGUCAGACCUGUCUUCUGAAAUGCAAUUUGCAACCAAAUGUGUUAGCAGGAUUAUGGGGAGAAUAGCUUUAUAAAGGUUGUAACAAGGUGUUUUCUUUCAUUUAUUUAAUUCCUAGUGACUGUCUUCGCAAGGGUCAUUGUGAUCUUUAUCAUACAAUGGAGCUGGCCAUCACUACCAAUGUGGAGACCGCAUUAUUGCCUUUUCAUUUACAACGCUCUCAAUUGGAACUGUGCUACCCUGGGACAAAUUUUGUUAUAUUGACUGUAUUGAUUUGUGGAGUAACUGGAUGUUUGAAUUUAAUAAAGAUAAUUUAAA